ACUCAAUUUGCCUAAAAAGAAAAAGAAAGCAGAACGAGAGGAUGAGGACCAAGACACUUCCAUGAAGAAUGAUAAUAGUUCCGAGCAGCUGGAUGUAGAUGGAGACUCCUCCAGUGAGGUGUCCAGUGAAAUUAACUUCAAUUAUGAAUACGCACAGAUGGAGGUCACCAUGAAGGCUCUGGGCAGCAAUGAUCCAAUGCAGUCAAUACUGAACAGCCUUGAGCAACAGCACGAGGAAGAAAAACGAUCUGCACUCGAGCGUCAGAGGCUCAUGUAUGAACACGAACUGGAGCAGCUCCGAAGAAGGCUGUCUCCUGAGAAGCAGAUCUGCCGGAGCACGGACAGGUUUUCCUUCCACUCGCCCAGCGCUCAGCAACGCCUGAGGCAGUGGGCUGAGGAGAGAGAAGCCACAUUGAAUAACAGCCUGAUGAGGCUGAGGGAACAAAUUGUUAAAGCUAAUCUGUUGGUGAGAGAAGCUAGCUUCAUCGCUGAGGAGCUGGACAAGAGAACAGAAUAUAAAGUUACCCUCCAGAUUCCAGCCUCCAGCCUGGAUGCCAACAGGAAGCGGGGCUCUCUUCUUAGUGAACCUGCUAUCCAGGUGAGAAGAAAAGGAAAAGGAAAGCAGAUUUGGUCUUUGGAAAAACUGGACAACAGAUUGUUGGAUAUGAGAGACCUUUAUCAGGAGUGGAAGGAGUGUGAAGAAGAUUCCCCAGUAAUACGAUCUUACUUCAAGCGUGCUGAUCCGUUCUAUGAUGAGCAGGAAAAUCACAGUCUCAUUGGGGUGGCCAACGUCUUUCUUGAGUCCCUUUUCUAUGAUGUGAAGUUGCAAUAUGCUGUCCCGAUCGUUAACCAGAAAGGAGAGGUGGCGGGCCGGCUGCAUGUGGAGGUCGUGCGAAUCAGUGGUGACGUCGGGGAAAGAAUUGCAGGAGGUGAUGAGACUGCAGAGGUCUCCUUUGAGAAGGAGGCCCAGGAGAACAAACUGGUCUGCAUGGUUAAGAUCCUCCAAGCAACUGGGUUGCCACAGCAUCUGUCCCACUUUGUGUUCUGCAAAUACGACUUCUGGGAUCAACAGGAGCCAGUGAUUGUUGCCCCCGAAGUAGACACCUCCUCCUCUCCCAUCAGCAAGGAACCUCACUGCAUGGUUGUCUUCGAUCACUGCAAUGAGUUUUCUGUUAACAUCACUGAAGACUUUAUUGAGCAUCUUUCAGAAGGAGCAUUGGCAAUUGAAGUAUAUGGACACAAAAUUAAUGAUCCUCGGAAAAAUCCAGCCCUGUGGGAUUUAGGAAUCAUCCAAGCAAAAACACGUAGUCUUCGGGACAGAUGGAGUGAAGUGACCAGGAAAUUGGAAUUCUGGGUUCAAAUAUUGGAACAGAACGAGAAUGGUGAAUAUUGUCCUGUAGAAGUGACUUCUGCAAAAGAUGUCCCAACAGGAGGAAUUUUCCAGCUCCGGCAGGGACAGUCCCGGCGAGUUCAAGUUGAAGUGAAGUCUGUGCAGGAAUCUGGGACUUUGCCACUGAUGGAAGAAUGUGUAUUGUCUGUUGGCAUCGGAUGUGUAAAAGUUAGACCGCUCAGAUCCCCCAAAACUCAUGAGACCUUUCAUGAGGAAGAGGAGGAUAUGGACAGCUACCAGGAUCGGGAUUUAGAGAGACUUCGUAGAAAAUGGCUAAAUGCAUUAACAAAGCGUCAGGAGUACUUGGAUCAACAACUGCAAAAGCUUGUCAGUAAACAUGAUAAAACAGAGGAUGAUGCUGACCGCGAAGCACAACUUCUAGAGAUGCGGCUGACCCUAACUGAGGAGAGGAAUGCAGUGAUGGUCCCUUCUGCUGGUAGUGGGAUUCCAGGGGCCCCCGCAGAAUGGACCCCAGUGCCUGGGAUGGAAACCCACAUUCCUGUUAUAUUCCUUGACUUAAACGCUGAUGAUUUCAGCUCUCAGGAUAAUCUUGACGACCCAGAAGCUGGUGGAUGGGAUGCGACUCUAACAGGGGAAGAAGAAGAAGAGUUCUUUGAACUGCAGAUUGUGAAACAGCAUGAUGGAGAGGCGAAAGCAGAAGCCUCCUGGGACUCUGCAGUCCACAGCUGUCCUCAGCUGAGUAAGGGCACGCCCGCGGAUGAGCGCGUGUUUCUGAUCGUGCGCGUGACGGUCCAACUCAGCCAUCCCGCCGACAUGCAGUUGGUGUUACGCAAAAGAAUCUGUGUCAACGUUCAUGGCCGGCAGGGUUUUGCUCAGAGUCUCCUAAAAAAGAUGUCUCAUCGAAGUUCUAUUCCUGGCUGUGGAGUGACUUUUGAAAUUGUCUCCAAUAUUCCAGAGGAUGCCCAGGGAGUAGAGGAACGGGAAGCAUUAGCAAGGAUGGCAGCAAACGUUGAAAACCCAGCUUCUGCUGACUCGGAGGCUUACAUUGAAAAGUACCUCAGGAGCGUGCUGGCUGUGGAGAACCUCCUCACCUUAGAUCGUCUGCGCCAGGAAGUUGCAGUGAAGGAACAGUUAACAGGAAAAGGGAAGUUGAACAGGCGGAGUAUUAGCUCUCCAAAUGUGAACAGGUUGUCUGGAAGCCGACAAGAUCUCAUUCCGUCAUACAGUCUAGGCAGCAACCAGGGCCGGUGGGAAAGUCAGCAGGAUGUAUCCCAAACAACAGUUUCCAGAGGAAUGGCUCCAGUGCCCCCUUCCCUCUCUGUUUGUCCCCAGAGUAACCAUUCUCCGGAUCCAGGGCUCAGUAGCCUGGCAGCCUCCUACUUGAAUCCAGUCAAGUCCCUCGUGCCCCAGAUGCCAAAGCUCCUCAAGUCUCUCUUUCCUGUCCGCGACGAGAAAAGGGGCAAGCGACCGUCUCCCCUCACACACCAGCCCGUGCCCCGCAUCACGGUGCAGUCGGCCACCGCGGACGUCGGGGUGACCAGGAUGGACCAGGUGAGUCGGUCGGCCGCGGGUGGCCCUGCUGCUAAAGUGGCUGCAUCCACACCCGCAGUUUUUAUCUCAGCAUUCCCGUUUUGA